AAUGGAUUCCAUUCGAAGAUAUCUCUGACGUUGAAUAUCUCGCUAAGGGUAGUUAUGGGUGUAUAUAUAAAGCUAAAUGGAAAUGCGGCCCUAUUAGAUAUUAUGAUGAUGAAAUUCAAGUAUGGCACAGAAUUGGAGAGACUGAUAUUGUUCUUAAAAGUAUAAAAAUUUUAAAUGAUAUGAAUGAAUUUAUUGAAGAGAUUAAAACUCAAACUCAACUGAACUUAUUCGUGGUUGGGUGUUUUGGAAUAACAAAAUGCCCUAAUUCUGAUAUUAAUGAAAAUAUCACUCCAAAAACUAUUGUUGAUUUGAUCAAACGUUGCUGGAGUGAAGAGCCAGGUGAUCGGCCGACUGCUAUUGAAUUACUUGACGAGCUUUCUAGUUGUAGGAGAAAUGACCAUAAAAUAUGGAAUGAAAUUGAGCCCAUUGAAAAAAAUAUGAAUUUCGACAUUCCUCCAGAGAAAGCUUCUUUAGAUUACAAACCACCAGAAAAGGCAAUAUAUACUAGUCAAUUAAUUACUAUUUCACAGGAAUUAG